AUGGAUUUCGAAUUCCCUCAAUUAUUAAACCCUACCGAUAACGAGCCCUUUAUUCUGGUUUCCGAAUCAAAAGACGUGUUGAAUAGUAAGUUAUUGACAGCUCGACAUGUAAGCCAAAAAGUUCAUGAAACUGGAGGAAAAUCUGAAUUAGUUGUUAUUUAAGACUUUUUAUAGUAAAUAUAGCUUAAAUAUAUUAAUAAAAUAGGGAUUUGACCAAAAAGUCUCCAUUAGCCUAUGUUCCAGAUGCUGAAUCAUAAUCUCUUGUUUAAAAUUUUAAUUCUAAAAAACAAGAGUAUGAAAGAUAAGUUUAAGAUCAAGUUAACUCAUUUAAAUAGUUGAAUUAAAAGUUAUAGCAAGGUUAUGAGAAUGCUUGCAAUAACAUUGUAUCUCAAUUGGUUGGUAAUGCACAAGGUGAGACUAGCAAUGUGUAAAAAGCAUUUAAUUCCUUGUAGACAGUGUUGAAAAGCGAUCCAGAAUAAGAAGCUUCAAUUCCUAAACCAAAAGAAAUUGUAGAUAAAGUAAUAUAAAAUUAUAAAUUUAAUAGAUUUCUGAAUUAAGAGCUGCUCCAGAAUUGCCAGAAUAUUUGUUUACAACCACAAAAAAGGUGAGAGCAUGGAGAAAUGCCCCAGAAGAAUUAUGUGUUUGGAAUAAAACAAAAGAGCAAUUCUAUAGAGAAAAUUUGGAAUAGAGUUUGAAUUAGAAUGUUUAAGAUAGAACUGAAUUAGCUUUAAAGUUUUGGAAUUCGCAAAUUAAGAAAUUGGGUGAUCAGUUAUUGAACAUAAUCUAAGAAGACUCUUCAAUUUAACAAUAAAAUUUUGUGAAUUUGAAUAUUGAGACUGCUGAAGCAUUUGCAUUGCUAUUAAAUACAAUGAUCACACCAGAAACAAGAAUAAUACUCCACAUUGGAGAUUUCACAGCUGCUGAGUCAAAAUCAAUUGCAGAAUCAAUUUAGAAAUUAACAGGCAUAUUGAAUUUACAAGUUAAUUGGAAAGUAAGUGGAAAGGCCUAAGGAUUGUCUCAUAUUGCUUAAGGUAUCAAAUUAAUAUAAUUUAUCUAGCUAUUUCUUAAGCAGAGCAACUAAAAGUGUUGACUUUUUCAUUCUCCUAAUAAGUAUAAGCAAAUUCUGCCAAAGAAUUCUUUACUGAAUUUAAGGAUGUGAAAUUACCGAAUUUGGAAGAAGUAAAUGUGUUGGCAGAAUAAUCAAAUGUUAAUUCAGCAGUGUAACAUAUUUCUAAGGCAGUUAAAUCUGUGGGAGGAAGUUAAGUUAAAAGAGUCUUAUUCAACUUUAGGUAGAAUAUUUAUACAAUAUUUGUAGUCAAUCCCAAAUUGAUAAUAAGUCGGCUCAAUAAUUAGGUGAAGCCUUAUCCUCAUACAAAGGGGUUAAGAAACUAACAUUUAAUCUUUCAGGAUAUUCAUUAUAAAGCAAUUCUAUUAAAGACGAUGGCUUUAGUGGAUUGAUCCAACAUGUAUCAAACUUUGCUGAGAGUCUUGUCGAAUUAACAAUUAACGUUGGAAGAAACUAAUUAACUGAUAAAUCAUUGGCAGACUUAAAUAAAUAAUUCUCUGCCAACAAAUGGGUUUCAUUAAAGAGUGUUAAUAUAAGUGUUCAUUAUAAUAAAAUUACAGAACAAGGAGCUCGCAAGUUAGGCAAAGUAAUGAAAUAUUUAUAAUAAAUUUAGUUCCUUCAUAAUUUGCCAAUUCUAGUAAACCUUUCAGUAAAUUUGAACUCUACAGAAGUUAAUAACAAAGGUUUAAGCUUUUUAAUUAAUUAAUUGGGCCCAUAAGUAAAUGCUUAAAUCCAAGCCAAAUAAUCGAAUAUUAGUUAGGAAGAAGCAGCCGAUUUAUAAGGAAAGGUGACAUCGUUGAGCAUUUGAUAUGGUUAAUUAAUUACAUUAGCA